AUGGAAGAAAACCAAAUCACUCAAAACCAACAACACCACCAUCUUCCCCCAGACAAACUCCAAAUGAACAACAAACCUAUUUCAGCUUCUCCUUACAGCACAAGCUCUCCCAAACGUGCUUUCGCCACAUUCAUAACCAUCUUUCUCAUACUAAUCGGUAUCACACUACUUGUCCUCUGGCUUGUCUAUCGUCCACACAAACCUCACUUCACCGUCGUCGGUGUCGCCGUCUACGGCCUCAACACAACUUCACCACCUCUCCUCUCCGCCACCUUGCAGUUCAACGUCCUCAUCAAGAAUCCAAACAAACGUGUCUCAGUUUACUAUGACAGAUUCUCAGCUUUUGUUUCCUACAGAAACCAAGCCAUAACGCCACAGGUUAUGCUACCACCGUUAUUCCUAGAAAAACACAGCCAGGUUUCACUGUCUCCUGUGCUCGGAGGCACCGCGGUUCCGGUGUCGGUAGAAAUAUCAAAUAGUUUGAUGAUGGAUGAAGGUUAUGGAGUAGUUGGUCUGAAACUGGUGUUUCUUGGAAGGUUGAGAUGGAAAGCUGGUGCAAUAAGAACAGCACAUUAUGGUUUCUAUGGAAAGUGUGAUGUGUUGAUUGGUUUGAAGAGAGGUUUUGUGGGCCAGGUUCCAUUGCUUGGUACUCCACCUUGCUACAUCGACAUAUGA